AUGUCAAACUCGCCGUCCGUUCCCGAAGAUACCUUGCCUAGUCCCCUGGUGACACCUGCUACACCUGCCCAACAUGAUUGCUCCAAUCUCCAUGAGGGUACCUGUACCCCACGUCACCACUUGUGGCAGACCCAGCAUCUCUCUCAGGGGCCUGGUGAGGUUUUAUCACCGUCGCGCGCUGAAUCCCCCACCGCCCAUUCCUGGUCGCAGCCCGCAUCCCGAUUAUUCCCUCUAAAAAGAACCGCUACCACACCUCCGGAGAAUACCGCGCAGCCGGAUAUUGUCUACAGGCCUCAGCUGUCAGAACGUGACAGUAUUUUCGCUACUCAUUACCUUCCCUCAGAUAGUGCCGCAAAUACCCCACAAUUACCCCCCGAAAGGGCCUUGGGCAAUGAACGCCAGGUCAACUUGAUCCCUAGCCUCGAUGAUGCAUCCGUGUCUCCAAGUGCAUUCUCCAAGGUCUCUCCCCACCGUUUUAACGUCGACCCUUCCCACAUGGAAGUUGACGUCCACAGAAACUCUCCAUUGCGUUCCUCUGCUCUCUUUCCAACCACCAAUCUCCCCCGGUUGUCUCUCCUGCGCGCAUCAACCUCGCCGACUGAUCACUCCAAGAAAACGGGGGUAGAGACGGGCGUGCAGACUCAUUUGGGCGCAUCCCAUCGGUACAAGGUGUCAUUGGAUAACACAGGUACGAAAACCAGUCGGUUUCAAGGCACUUUAUCUGAACGGAAUCUCUUCCCGUCCACAUUAGAUGAUGUCUCUCGUACCUCCCACUCUUUGACCAUCCCAUCCUCUGGCCACGAGGGCUCUCAGGUCAGUCGGGAUCUCCCAUCCUACAGUCCGAAAGAAGAAACCCCUCAGACCCCCGUUGCGGUCGAACGAAGCCCCAGCAGAGGUCGUCGUGGCCGAGUUGACAGCUCAAUUGAAGCCAAUUUGCCCAACGCGGAGCCGGCUGCUAAUGUGCGCAGCCGUAAGUCCAGUCACUACCUGGGCCUUUUCAAAGAAAACACAACCUCUUCACCGGAUCGCAAACGACGGGAGGAUCGCGGCCGACCACAAGAUGAGACGUUGGAGCUGAGGGAUCGCAACAUGGAUUACGAGCAAGAAUCGCAUCGUUCAGAACAGGAAUCUGCGCUUCGUAAAAGCAUAUCACUCUCCGCACUCGAUGAUGCUCCGUCGUUCCAACCUCCACCUCCAGCCGAGACACCCCAUACCAUAAAUGGCGAUGAGCCAUCCAAGCGUCGCCCCACGGCGUUGCCUCGCAGCUUGCUGGAAGAGAUUCGAAACUUUCAUCUUACGCCUGGCGGUAGUCAUGGAUCUUCUUUCUCGAAAAGCAUUCCGACUCAAUAUUCUGAGCGCAGCCGUGACUAUUUCCAGAAGGACUCACAUGUCGAGGUAUCCCCAUCUGACUCUUUCGAGGAAGAGGAGCGUGGAUCAGGGCAAUUUGGAGUUGAGGAGGAGGAAAAUGAGCAGAUUUCUUCUGCCGUUUACUUCCCCCACGAGCGGACCGUGCCCGAUGGGGUUGAUGGCCUACAACAAUUCCCCGAUGGUCCACUUGAUGUACAGCCUGGUCAGCUGCCGGCUGCAGAGAAAGGUCAUGAGCUGAUGUUAGUACCUCAAGAGCGUAGCGAUUCUCCUGAAAAGGAAAUCAGCCAUGUGGAUAUAUCCUUUCGAUCUAAGAAUGAAAGUAAGAUCCUUUAUGGCGAUAUCCAUUCUCCACGAGAGAAUGUGCCAGAAAAGUUGAGUGCCAUCUCUGAAUACAGCGAUUCAAAUUACGAGUCCGAAGUCGAACCCCAAUCAGCAGAUGAAAGUAUACAUUCUGUUGACGAGGAGGAAACCCCGUCUGCCACACCGACCCAGCGUUCCCAGCUUCUGUCUCGCCCCAAACCACCGCCUCCGGGGCCUCUUGGUGCAGUGGAAUUGAAGCCCUAUCGUCAUCAAGUUGGCGGGCAUACAACUGUUUUCCGCUUUUCCCGACGCGCUGUAUGCAAGCAGCUGAACAACCGAGAGAAUGAGUUCUACGAACGUAUUGAACUGAGGCACCCAGAUAUGCUAGUGUUUCUUCCAAAGUACGUAAAAAAAUUCCAUGAAAAGCAAACGGUUAUCAGCGUAUCCAAUACUAAUAUUCUCGUCAGAUAUAUUGGAGUGCUGAACGUCACCUUCUCGAAAACAUCUAAACGAAAGGAUCAGGUUGAUUCUGCCGAUGGGAUAAUUCCAGAGACGACGCCUACCAAUGGAACUUCAGCGCUCAGCUCUCAGCUUCUCGAGCCAGCAGAGUCACAAGAGCCCCAACGAAUUGUUAGCCAGUCCCAAGUCACAGGGGUCAUCCCCAAGGUCAUUCUUGAGAACAAUCGCCACAUUAUUCCUGCCGAUCUUUUUACCCACCAGCAGCGACCGCGGACAGCAGAUGCUUCAAUAAACCGCGCAAGAUCCGUCGACGGCCUCACGGGUAUGUCAGCGGAGUCCGAUACAUCGGCUCUGAGCAAGCGGGCUAAGAUCUGGGGCGCCACAACCGUCAAUCUCAAGCUUCAGGAGCAGGUUCUCCGCGAGGUAUUCAGCCCUCCUGCCAUUCAUCAUCAUCGACGGCAUGCUCGUGGUCAUCUCCAUCUGCCAAGAGCUCAUUCCGACAUGCCCGCCGCCACCCACCGCCGAGAGAACCUAUCAGAAGACCGCACAUCUAACGAUCGACGACCAGUCCCUGGGCCAAUCGCAGCCCUCCAGACAGACGCGAUUGACAUAAAGGCGCCGCCUAGUGAAGGUCCUGCUCUUUCAUCGUCAGCUUCGACUGCCCUAGAGGCCAAUCAAAAUCGCCUAGAGAAGAUCCGGACCGAAGAGGAGCCUAACCGAUCAAGCUCGCUCUCUCGGAAUCAUCACUCAAGACGGCGGCAUUCCGGGAGUGGCCUUCGAAGGCGUGGCAGCAUGGACUCUCGCAACAAUGGAGAGCUUAUGUUCUUCGAUGACGAUGAUUAUGGCGGUGACAAGGAGGAUGAGAUUUUCUCUAUGGAAGCCGAUAACCCAAUGUCGAAUGCUUCUUCCAGCGCGCAACGGUCAGCCUCACCAGCGUCAGAAAGUAACUCGACCAAUGGUUACCACGAAACCGAAACUUUUGCUUCUAGUAGAACUUCUGAUUCAUCCCGCUUCCGACCACAAGAGCCUAUCAACACGAUCUUACCUAGCAACCCUAAGGAGGCACAGCUGAGAAAGGACGAACGAGUGCAGUUCUUCCUCCUCCUUGAGGACCUGACAGCUGGUAUGAAUAAACCAUGCGUGCUGGAUUUGAAGAUGGGCACCCGACAGUAUGGUAUCGAAGCGAAUGAGAAGAAAAAGAAGUCUCAGCGACGGAAAUGUCAGUCCACUACUUCGCAGCAGCUGGGUGUGCGGCUCUGUGGCAUGCAGUCUUGGAACGUCAAGAAGCAGGAGUACAUCUUUGAAGACAAGUAUUUCGGACGCGAUUUGAAAUCUGGUCGUGAGUUCCAGGAUGCGCUCACUCGGUUCCUUUACGACGGCGUCAAUUAUGCUAGCGUUGCCAAAAAGAUCCCUAUCAUUCUGGAGAAAUUAGCUUUGUUAGAGCACAUGAUUCGACAGCUGGAUAGCUACCGGCUCUAUGCUAGCAGUCUGUUGAUUCUUUAUGACGGCGAACCACAAUCUUCACCUGAGCAAGGACCGCCUCGUUCUGGCGAUCCCACUUCAAACAAACAUGGAGCCUCCAAAGACAGCCAGAGCAAACUGAAUGUUCAAUUGAAGAUUGUCGAUUUCGCCAAUUGCGUCACUGGCGAGGAUAAACUUCCUGCAGAUACGCCAUGUCCACCUCACACCCCGCACGACAUUGAUCGGGGAUAUCUGCGUGGCCUGCGCACACUCCGUAUGUAUUUCCAGCGGAUCAUGAAAGAGGUUAGUCUGGACGAAUUUGUGGAACGAGGUGAAGGUGAAGCCAUCGCGCUAGGCUCUCAACCUGAGGCUCGUGAGAGACCCUCUGCUCAGUACUGGGAUGAGACCAUGAUGGAAACCGAUGCAGGCGAAGUCAGUUUCUAG